CGGCCUAUUAAAGUGGGAUCCUCUCGCACGCUGGCGGCGGGCGUCUCCAUCGUCCGCUUCUAUCAGACAACAGCAAAACCGAACAAUCCGUUCUCGUUUCCGUUCUUAUCACGAACUCUCGACGCCAUCAGCACCAUGCCCGACGCAAGGAAGAGGUCCGGCGGCAGCGACGCGCCAGGCUCCAAGAAGCGAAAGACAGACAAGGACCUGCAGAAAUACUACGCCGUGCGGACGGGUCUACGACCGGGCGUCUACCUGACGUGGCUUGAAUGCCAGAAACAGACCACGGGGUUCCCCGGCGCGACGUGUAAGACGCAACCGACCAGCCAUUGUAACAAGUCCUUCCUCUCCAGAGAUGACGCCGAAGCUUUCGUGGCCGGCAAGAACCCGACCAUCGCGAGCUCGAGCAAUGGAAACCCGCCGCCACCGAAAUUCUACGCCGUCGCGCGGGGCGCCUUCACGGGGAUAUUCUUGGAUUGGGAGACGGCGAGGCCGGCGAUAAGUGGGGUUAAGGGUCCCAAGUACAAGAAAUUCGAGACGAUGCGGGAGGCGGUAGAGUUCAUCGAGGAGUAUGGCGACGCGGAGACCAUCGCCAAGGUCAAGGGACAAGGUGGGAGUGGCGCGGCUACCACGAGGAAGACGACGGUUCAGACGGACGCCACCGCGGUGAACGGCGACAUGAUGGCGAUAUACACAGAUGGCAGUAGCCUGUCCAAUGGCCGGCGUGGGGCUGCGGCUGGCGUUGGCGUAUUCUUCGGAACGGACGAUCCAAGGAACGUCUCGGAGCGGCUCCUAGGCGAGCCUCAGACGAACCAGCGGGCCGAGCUCACAGCCAUUCUACGGGCCCUCGAGAUUUCGCCCGAGAGCGAGAACGUUCAAAUCUUCACGGACAGCCAGUACUCCAUCAACUGUGUGACGGUGUGGUACAAGGCCUGGGUGAAGAAGGACUGGCAUACCUCCACCGGGGAGCCGGUUAAGAAUAAAGAUCUCGUGCAGGCUGUGCGCGAGCGCAUCGAGGCGCGGGAAGAGGAGGGUUCCAAGACCGUCUUUACAUGGGUCAAGGGUCAUUCCGAAAACCCCGGAAAUGUCGCGGCGGAUCGUCUCGCCGUGGCGGGAGCGCAGUUGCCUGGAUAAGGGACGCGAGGGUGAUUGUACGGGGGCCGCGGCGAGGGGGGUUCCGAAAGGAGACUCUGGCAAAGGUUUGCAUUAGCAUCGUUUCCUGGGACAUGGCCGUAUGUUCGGCCGCCUGCUUUCU